AUGCCGCCUCCCGCCACAGAUGAGCGUGUUUCUGCUGUGGGCUGUGACGACGGGUUGCGAUUCCCGGAGACGGUGGCCUCGGCCAAAACCUCCGCUCAUGCUCCGCCGCCUAUCCAACCUAGAACCAAAACUUUUUCGUUCGCUGCCAAGGUCAAAGGGCGUGUUGGCCGUCCGGCGGAUGUCCCGGUUCGAUCCUUUCAACAUGCUCUACAUGGUCGUCUCCUCCUUCGCAAGGGGAAUUCUCCUCGGUUUGCCUCUGACCUUUACUCGGAGCUCAACUCUCUUUGGAAUCCAACGUGUCCAUGGCAGAUCAUACCUCUCGGGAGAGGUUUCUCUACUUUAAAAUUCUCAGCGUCGGAAGAUUCUGCCAAUGCUUUCGCGAAGAGCUCAUGGCGUUUGAGCACUGGAAUCUUGCAUUUCCAGGCUUGGGUCCCUAACUUUGUUCCAUAUAAAGCCACUUCUACUCUCUCUCAGGUAUGGAUACGUGUGUUUAAUCUCCCUCAUGAAUAUUGGCAUCCUGAAGUGCUUUCCAGUAUUGCUCGACAUAUUGGAACACCUAUUAUCAUUGAUGUAAUUUCUGCUAAUGUUGCGGUUGGUCAUUUUGCUCGUAUUUUGGUUGAGAUAGAUGUUUUUGCUGAUGUGCCUGAUGUUUUAGAUGUUAAUUGUGGUGAAAAGGUUUUUGCUAUUGAGUUUGGCUAUGAGAAUCUUCCUUAUUUUUGUCAGACUUGCAAUGUUGUGGGCCAUGAUACUAACGUUUGCAGACGCAAUAUUUCUGAGACUGAGCCCCCUACCGUUGUCACGACCGAGAAUGCUAAAGGGAAGACCCCCACUCUGAUUCGCAAGGACGGCUGGCGUCGAGUCCCUUCCAAGAAUGCCGAGAUUGUGGCUCCAUUGGUCACGUCUAAUAAGGCCUCUCCUUCAUCGGGAGCUCUUCAUGGGGACGUUACUAUGGUGGUGCCCGUUGUGGAGGAUAUCCCUAUUCCUAACAUUGCCUCCCUCUCUUUGGGAUGA